AACCCUAACAUUGCACAUUCAAAUCCGAAACGGGGCUGAGUCCUGUUUUGGUCAUAAUUUCUCAUCUAAUUAUAUUCCGGUCGCAUCUCCCUAACAAAAGAAUGUGGUUCAGUAUUGUAACGUUACUUUUGGUUUCGGUUCAGGUUCAGUCUGAAUCCCAUCGAAACUGUGGGGUCUGCGAACCCGAAAAAUGCGUCCCACCGUCCGAGGAUUGUUUAACGGGCCUCGUAAAGGAUCUGUGCGGCUGCUGUUACGUAUGCGGACGGCGAGAGGGUGCUCAAUGUGACGGUGAUACCCUGCCACUCCCAUACCAAGGCAGAGGGUACGGGCCCUGCGGUGAAAACCUCGAGUGUAGGCCCCGCAAUGAUCUGCCUCCUUCGGAUCCACCCGAAACGGAAUGUGUCUGUAUCAAAAAGGAGGCCCUAUGUGGGAAUGAUGGCAAAACGUAUGAAAAUGAGUGUCAGAUGACUGAGGCUAGAUAUAAAUAUAGAAAUGGAUUACAAGCAAUACACAGAGGUCCUUGCAGCACUGUUGCGAAAAUAAUCACUCCACCUGAAGACGUUUCCAACAGUACAGGUGGCAAUGUCGCUAUGACCUGUGAAGCUAUGGGAUGGCCUGUACCUACCAUUGAAUGGAGAGUGGAUAGGGGUAAAGGGGAUACUAAACCCCUUCCUAGCGACGAUUCCAAAAUAUCUGUGCAAUCUCGAGGAGGUCCAAGCAAGUAUGAGGUUACAUCUUGGUUGCAGAUGCUGAAUGUCCAACCAGAUGAUGAUGCUACUUAUUGGUGCAUUGCUAAAAAUGAAGAGGGCGAAUCAUCUGCUGCUGCCAAAUUAAUUAUUCUUGAUUCAAAAGCUGACAUUGGCAGAAAAGACAUCAACAAUGAUUUGUAAUUGGAAAUUAUUGUUAUAAUUAUUUUUUUUUUAAAGAUAAUGAAGUGCCUUUGCUACUAUUUUUACUGCCAUUUUCCUGUUACUUACGUUUUAUGUGAUAAAGAAAUUAUAUAUUUUGAUGAACAAGAAAGCAAAAGCGACUGAUAAUGUGUCGCCUAUAAAUGUAUUUGAUGUAUAAUAAUGGUAAAUCAUGUUUGUAUCAUACAUAUUUUGUUUGUUUUAACCCUUAAUAUCUUUUAGUUAAUCAUUUUUAUAAAUGGUAUUUAACAUUAUAGUAUAUUUUUCCCUUCAGAACUUUUAAGUUUGUUUUAUAUCUUGUUGUUCAAUAGAUAAGUGGUUAAAUACCUUAUAGUGCUAAAAAGUUUGUAUCCGAUUCAUGUGAAUUACUUUCAUUAAAGAAAUUAUUGCUUUUA